UUUUCACAUUUUAAUUAACUUUGAUAUAAAUAACGACAUAAUGAAUCAUUAGGAGGAGAAAAAAUAUAUUAAUUACUUUAAAAUUUUAAUAUCUAAAGAGAUUACCAUUACAUUUUGCAUUAAGUUUGUCCUACCCCGCUUUACGACCGUCGUUAAACGAGUUUAGGAGGGUCAUCAAUAAGAAUUAUAACUUUGAACUGUAUAACUUGACACAGACUUGUGAGUAUAAUAUAACAGGCCCUUCCUCUCUACCAGAUGAUAUAUGUAAAUAUGCUAGGCCCUAAACUCAGGGUCGGAUUUGCACAUAAGUUGCAACUUGGGCCUCGCAUUUUUACAUCUAUCAUCAGAGAAAAAGGCUUGUUAUAUAUUAUAACUUAGGGUCACAAGUUUUAAGUCCAGCCCUGCAGAUAGUCAACAUACAAAAGGAGGCUUGCUUAUUGUCAGAAUGUUUAAAUCCAUCGUAAAAACGGGAUUUGAUUAAUUUCGUAUUAGUUUAUUCGAAUAUGGGUGCAAAAUUUGGUUAUUUUAAUUCAUUGAUUAUGCAGAUUUGUCUGUUUUCAGGAUGGCUGGAAGAGGAGAACGAAUACAAAUGAAUUAGUUCAUUAAAAAAUAAACAAACCUUUACAGAUUUUAAGUACCUAAAUUCUGAAAUUUAUACUUAAUUAAAUAUCAAAGAUGAUACUGUGGUGUGCAGUAGAAAGAAGGGCAAAGUCUGAGUACAGUAUUGUAUGCUGUGUAUCAAAUUUCAUAGCACGCAACAAUUAAUUGAUCUAUCGGAUCUCUGAAUAGAUUAUAGGCUACAUGUUAUUUGUGAACGACACAAAGGGCAUUCAAAUAUAAAAUAUACGUUAAUUUAACUCCACCCUUCCUAUGUAAGUAAUUGUAAGCAUUGUGUUGAUCCAUCCUCCAAAUAUAACAUUGUAUUUAUCCUUUCUUAUAAUAGGAAUAUCAAUAUUUAUGAUACACAUUAGCAUUUUAAUUGACAGUUUUAAAGAUAAAAAUGAUGAUAUUGACGAAUCUCUUCCAAAUGUGGAAUUAAUUUCAACUAUAGGAUUUCAAGGUAAUAUAAAACAUGGAUUGAUAGUUCAUCCGGAUAAAAUCCAUUUACUGUAUGGAUUAGGAAAUACUAUUGUGAUCAAGGAUAUUCUUCACAAGAAAGAAUGUUUUUUAAAUGGGCAUUCAAAUUCUAUUACCUGUUUGGCAGUAUCUAAGAAUGGGCAUUAUAUAGCAUCUGGCCAAGAAACUCUCAUGAAUUAUAAAACUUGUGUGAUACUUUGGGAUUUUCAUGAUAAAAAGGAAAUCGACAGAUAUACUAUUCACAGAGUAAAAGUCCUUUCAUUAUCUUUUUCUCCUAAUGAUCGCUAUCUUUUUUCCCUCGGUGGCGAAGACGAUGGAAAUAUCGUUUGUUACAACAUAGAAGAUAGAAAACUUUUGUGUGGUUUGCCUGCAACAACUGGUAAAGAAGGCAGAGCUAAUAUCCUGAAAUGCGGUAACAUAUUCGAUAAAGUAUUGGUUACAGGUGGAAGAGAAACGUUGAAAGUUUGGUAUUUAAAUAACUUUAAUAAGAAACUUAUUCCAGAAAGUGUUCGAAUGGGUUACAUCAAAAGAGAAAUCAUUUGCCUGGAGAUCGAUGCCAAUGAUGAAUAUUUAUAUUGCGGCACGUUUACCGGAGAUAUUAUUAAAAUUCGAUUGAACAUCAAGAGCGACUGUGAAGAAAUAUCCAUAUGUCCGAUCAUGGUUUUUCAAAUGGAAAGAAAAAUAAAUAAGAAAAUUAAAGGUGACAGCAAGUAUUACCAAAUGGGAAUUCAUUCCAUUGUAUGGUUAAAAACCAACGAAUUGCUCUUAGGGACAGGCGAUGGCACUUUAGUUCGUGUUUAUCAAGAAACCAUAAAUGAGCCUUUAAACAUAAAACAAGGUGCUAAUAAAGUUAAAGGAAAAAUGGGAUCUCUUACUAAAAAGAAACUGUGCUUAGCAGAAAUUAAAAAAGAAAAGAUUAUUGGUGCAAUUACAAGCAUUUCAUUACGUGGUGAAGGAAAUCAAAUUUUUAUAGGGACAGCAGCGUGUCAUAUUUAUAGGGCUAAUAUAAUUGACUUUCAAUGCGAUUUAUUAUUUACUUGCCACGACAGUAAAGUAAAUGAUCUAGCAUUUCCUUAGUAAGUACUUGUUAUUGAU